CAAACGAGUAUGGAAGUGCGAACUGUGAAUGCAAAAUCAAAAUUCAAAAGUGCACACAAACAUCGAAAUAGUACAAAAUAAAAUAAAAUAGCAAUGGAAUAUUUAUUUAUAUUUUUAAAGUUUGUUUAUGAUUUUGAUAAAUAUUUCUUUCUAACAAGUUUGCAGUUUUCAUUUGUGUUAUGAAUGAAAACAAAGUACAAAGAUUAUCUGUUUAUUAAUAUUGGCGGGCUCUUGAUAAAAAGACUCAAACUAUAAAAGAAUGUAAACAUUUCUUUAUAAGUUUUCUUCGACAAUAUGAGUGUUCUUAAUAAAAAGGUGAAGCAGAAAUGUUGUGUACCAGAGUGUAAAUCGAAAAUCACUGCAAAUACUAUUUUUCAUAAGUUUCCUAAUGAUGACAGUAGGAAGAAAGAUUGGAUACGCGCUUGCAACAUAACCAAUAAUGUCACUUCUGACAUGCUGAUAUGUGGAUCUCAUUUCACUAAGGACGAUUAUCAAGCAGUUGCCGAUUUGGGGUUACGUCAUUUAAAGCUUUCAGCUGUACCUAACAAAAAUUUAUUAAUCAAUUUUGAUGAGAACAUAAUGAUUGAAUCAAAUAAACAAACAAAUCCAAGCCUAAAUCAAAGUCUAAAUAGGAGAAAAUGUAGCCUGUCUCAGUGUAAUGUACCACCAAAUGAGAAGACAUCUUACCAUUUCUUUCCAAAAAAAGAACAUAUUAGACAACAGUGGGUACAAGCAUGUGGAGUUAGAGUGAGUGUACAACCCUAUGCUUGUAUUUGCAGUGCUCAUUUUGAAAGAACAGAUUUUAUAACAGGACCAAAUUCAAAACAACAAAUUUUGAAACUUGAUGCAGUUCCAAAAUUGAAUUUACCUAAACACUCUAUAGUAAAAUCACAACCACAAAAACCAAAAACUAUCAAUGAAAGCAAGCUUGAUGAUAAAAUAACAACCAUUAUAUAUGUUCCUGAAAAUUGCAGCCAUGGAAUUAUAAAUACAAGUGGAAUUGAUCUUAGCAAUUCAAAAAUUGUGAUUAGUAAAUCAGAUGAUUUGCAUUUAUUCAACGAGAAUGUUUUUUGUGAAGUACAGGAUAGUAUAAGUGUUAAGAGUAUUGAUGACACUGCAACACAAAACGAAAGAAGUUUGGAAGAAGAAGUUACUAUACUUGAAGAAACUGUAAUCAAACCAUCACUAAGUAAAAAACUAAAACAAGGAUAUAAUCGAAAUACAAAAAAUGUCCAAAAGAAAUUUAUCAUUAGUAAAGAAGAUAAUAUAUAUAAAAUUGUAAAUCCAGGAAAUAGUAAUAAUAAUGUUUUAAAUCAAACAAAUAAUGUGGAGUUGAAAAAGAAAGUUAAGACUAGUUCAAUAAAAAAAUCUGUUAUCAGACCAGGUGUUUCUGCAGUAACGUUAUGUACUGAUUGUGGCCAGUAUUGUAAAAUUGAAGAUGAAGAUUUAUUGUACAAAAGCUAUAAAAACUUGGAAACAUUAGCUGCUGAAUUAUUAUUAGAAUUACAAAAAACUACUCUGUCACAUGAAGAUGAAUAUAUUUUGUUAACAAAGAAAGGAAUAGAUAUAUGUAACAAGGCUAUUGAGAAGCAAACUAUUAAUUUAAUGGAAAUGUUGACUAAUGAUUAUGAACUGAUGGCUUUUACUGGAAUCAAUUUCAAAUUGUUAAAUAAACUAACAGAAUUAGUAUCUGAAGUUGAAGCUAACAGUUCAAGAAAAUAUAAUAUACCUGCCAAAAAUAGAAUAGUAAUUUGUUUAUGUAAACUCAGAAUAAACUUGAGUUUUGCCUGUUUGGGUAUGUUAUUUGGAAUGAGUCAACAAUUAUGUGCAAGUAGUUUUUUUGCAAUGUUAAGAACUUUGUCCCAUCUCUUGGAAAAGACCAUUUAUUGGCCUAAAACUGAAGAACUAAUAAAAAAUUUACCUGAAUGUUUUCAAUCAUUCAAACAAACAAGAGUAAUAUUAAAUUGUAGUGAAACACAAGUUGAAAAGCAAAGGUGUUUUAACUGUCAACAAAAGUUAAUGGAAGAUAGUGUAAAAGAUGAAGCAAUUAAAUUAGUGCUUGGUAUUGCACCUUCUGGAUUGAUAAUUUUUAAAAGCAACAUUUUUUAUAGUCAAUCAUCCAGUGUAUCUGUAUUUACACAAACAAAUAUAAUGGACAAAUUUGAUCCACUUCGAGAGGCUAUCAUGGCUGAUAAAACUCUCAAUAUUGAAGCUGAAUGUGCUGAGCAUAAUAUUACACUUAUUAAAUUACCAAAACUUGGAAAAAAGAAACAAUUUAGUAAACAAGAGGUUGAGUUAAUAAAAAAUAUUUCAACGGCUCGCAUUCACGUUGAUAGAACGUUGCAUAGGUUCAAGAUGUACAAAAUUAUGCAAACCAAAGUUCACUGGAGGAUAUUACCCUACUUAGAUGAAGUUUGUACUGUCAUAGCAGGUAUUGUUAAUCUGAAAAAUCCUAUACCUCCCAAUGAAAUAGACAUUAAGUCAGUUGGACCUAUUCACAUAUGAUCUGUAACAUUUAUACAUUUUUGUGAAAGAAAAUGUCAUAGAAACGAAAUUAAGAAGAGAAUUCGUCUUAUAUAUGUACAUUUAUAAAUAUUAAUUGACAACGCGACGUAAAUGACUCGGAUAUUUGAUAAAUAAGAAACUAAU